UUGAGAUACUGCCGGCCUCUUGUCCAUACCACCGCUGUCGAUAGUGUCGCUCCGGUUGCCGAGACGCAACGGACUUUGUACGACCUCCCUUUCUCGUCGAGGAAUAUCCGUUUCGGGGUCGUCAUAUCUUGUCUACAAGCCUCCACAGCUCCUUCAUUUCACCCUCGACGGGCUUCCCUCAUCAUGGCAUCUGCUUUCAGACGGGGCAGUGACGCCCUUCUCGAUCCCAGCACUGAUCCACGACCACCAUGUGUUUCGAGGCGUACCAGUAGGGCAAUGCUAAAUCUUCAUCGUGUUUAUGAGCAGAAUCGACAAAGAGUCCAGCAGAAUCUCAAAGAUGGUGUUAAGGUACCCGAACCGAUAGCAGUCCCUCAUGCCAAGGGCAAGCCUCGUCUUCUCCUAAUGGGACAACGAAGGUAUGGAAGUCGUGCAAAUCUGGAUCGUGACUUGCGCUUACACAUGGACAGGAGUGGGAAGUCAUCCAUAUCAAGCGUCGUUUUUCACAAGCUGCCGCCAAACGAGACAUUAUUCUUAGAGUCAACGGCUAGGAUCCAAAAAGACAGUUUAAACUCGUUUAUGGAGUUUCAAGUCUGGGACUUCCCUGGACAAAUCGAUGUCUUCGACAACCCCGCCUUUCCCUUUGAUAUGGACGCCAUCUUCGGCGAGAUUGGCGCACUCAUCUGGGUCAUCGACGCCCAGGAUGAUUAUCUUGAGGCCGUCGCACGCCUCAAUGCGACUAUCCUACAUCUACAGCGCAGCUACCAGCACAUCAACAUCGAAGUUUUCAUCCACAAAGUCGACGGCCUUUCCGAUGACUAUAAGCUAGACAUCCAGCGCGACAUCACCAUCCGCAUCCAGGACGAGCUGUCGGACCAAGGGGUUGAGAACGCGCCGGUGAACUUCCACCUGACCAGCAUCUACAACCACAGCAUCUUCGAAGCCUUUAGUAAAGUUAUCCAGAAGCUGAUCCCCCGCCUUGGCCAGCUCGAGGCCAUGCUCACCAACCUGUGCCGGACCUGCCGGUUCGAAAAGGCCUACCUGUUCGACGUCAACACCAAGAUCUACAUCGCCACCGACAGCACGCCCGAGGACAUGGCGUCGUACGAGAUCUGCUCCGACUACGUCGACGUCAUCAUCGACUUCACCGAGGUGUACGGCAGCUGGCAGCGGACCCCCGAGUGGCGCAAGCGCCUCGAGGGCCCCCCCUGGGAGCAGAAGCUCGAGGACCAGGUCGCGUGCGAGUGGGCCGAGAGCGGCAUGGUGCUGGCGGACGCGCAACGCCCUAUCAUGCUCCGCGAGGUGGAUAGGUUCCUGGCCUUGGUGGCUAUCAUGAAGGAGGGCAGUUAUGAGAAGAUGCCGCAGAUUAACAUGAAUGUGGAUGUUGUUGUCAAGGGGCUGACCGAGUUCUUUGAGAUUACAAAGUCCAAGAUGACGCCGACAGCCGUGCCUGGGGGUGUUACGGCUGUAGGUGGAAAUGGGGUGAUGAAUGGUAACGGAGCGGGGGUCCAUGGUCAUUAGGGAGGUCAUUCUGGGGUUUGAGAUCAUCACCAUCGGCAUCUUGUUGAUAUGAGUAAAGGGAAAGAAAGAAAGGGGAUUGGGGUGGGAGGUAAACCUGAUAAAAAGAAUUAUAUCCUGGCUUUUGUACUUUAUGUAAAGGAUACAAAAAGCAAUUUUGUUCUGUUAUAGUCAGCUCCU